AUGCUGGACACAAACACUGGAAAGGGAAGUGUGUUUAGCAUUGGAGUGACAAAUGUCUUUCGAGAUCUAAUGGAUUUGUUAUUGAAAUUAAUAAGGCCGGAUAAAGGAAAAAAACAAAUGGUUAUACCUGUUGCAUUUUUAUCGUUCUUUAUUCAAGCACGCGAUUUCGUUGACAACAAGACAACGAAAUUACCAAUAUUAUCAAUUGAUGAACAUAGUGAAGAUGUGGAGGAAAAGAAAAGUUCGAUGGCUAUAUUUUUCAUACUUAUGGUGAUUGCUGUAUCAACGCUGGUUGUUCAUAUGCUUAUCGUGUCCAAACUAUAUUUUAUACCAGAAAGCUUAGCCAUAGUGAUUUUAGGGGACAAAAGAGAUUGGACAGAGGUGGAAACACUUAGUCCCAAUAUAUUCUUUCUUGUUCUUCUUCCACCAAUUAUUUUCGAGAAUGGUUAUAAUCUGCACAAAGGCGAUUUUUUCACAAAUAUGUUCCCGAUUUUAUCAUUUGCUACACUUGGGACUGUAAUAUCUGCUUUAACUAUUGGUUCGGCGCUGUACAUCCUUGGCCAGGCAGAUUUAAUAUACAAAAUGAGUGCCGCAGAGAGUUUUGCAUUUGGCUCAAUGAUUUCUGCUGUGGAUCCAGUUGCUACGCUUGCCAUCUUUCAAGCAUUAAAUGUUGAGCGAAUGCUAUAUAUGCUUGUUUUUGGUGAGUCCAUGCUUAACGAUGCCGUUUCCAUCGUUCUCACGUCUACUUCUCUGGAAAUGUCUCUCCAGAAUGUUACAUCUUCAACAUCAGGCAGCUUGUUUUUCCCAGUAAUCUCCAGAUUUACCUAUAUUUUUCUCAUAUCUGCUCUUCUUGGUGCUUUUAUUGGAUUUCUUUCAGCGCUGUUGUUCAAGUACGUCGAUCUACGUAAAACUCCAUCGCUGGAGUUCGCUUUGUUACUUAUAUUUGCAUACUUGCCGUAUGGUCUUGCAGAAGCCAUUUCACUUUCAGGUAUAAUGGCAAUUUUGUUUUGCUCGAUAACCAUGUCUCAAUAUACUCAUUUUAAUGUUUCACCUAUAACACAAAUCACCAUGCAACAGACGUUCAGAACAUUGGCAUUUGUGGCAGAAACGUGCACGUUUGCAUAUUUGGGACUGGCUUUAUUUACAAUCAAACUUCAAUUUCAACCAAUGUUUGUAUCAUGGAGCAUUAUGCUUUGUUUCGUUGGCCGUGCGUUCAACGUAUUUCCUCUUGCUUAUUUAGCCAACAAAUGUCGUCGUCCUCAGAUUUCUAUGAAGAAUCAAUUCAUAAUGUGGUAUAGUGGUAUGAGAGGAGCCGUCGCAUUUGCAUUGGCUUUGCACAUAUCAAUAGAAAACGAAGAAACAAAAAGAGUUUUGUUGACAACAACGCUUUUUAUCGUAUUAUUCACCAUCAUUUUUCUCGGCGGUACAACUUUACCUGUGCUGCGAAUGCUAAGCAAUGUAUUCCCGGAUAGAAAGCAGCGAAAGAGUAUAGGAAUACAAAUUACGAGUGAUGGGGAUAAGUCUGCCGUGCUGCUAAGUAAAACGCAAGAAAUGUUUAUAUUCGACCAAUCGGAACAUUUGACUUCUGACACAGAAGAGAUUGGUAACUUUAGCAAAUAUGAAAGACAUACAUAUAAGGGAGCUGCUUACAAAUUUAACGAGUUAUUUGUACGACCACUCUUUGUUCGAAGAUAUACGCCACAGGAACAACAGGAGAAUCGAAUGGAUAUGCAUCGAAUUACAAGUAAAAUACUCAGUACAGGUUCUGGUGGUCUAACCCAACAGUUCUCUGCCGAUGAAGCAUCCAUUAGUUCUUCUUCAACAGCCCAGCCGUUACUGUAA